AGCGCCUGUCUACCAGCAUCGCCUCCCUCCUCCACGCCUGCCCCCCGCCAUUUGCACUCUCCGAAACCUUCACCAGUCAUCACGUACAUCUUCCUCAAACCACAAACCUCCACACCUGGCGGCUGGCGCCACCAACGCUCCCCUCCUCAUCGACCACCUUCUCCUUCCGUGCAUCGCUCCGUACCCUACGUACCUACAUGGGGCGAACGAGCGGCAGGCGGACGACUCUUCUACCGCCGCAGCUCCGGUGGUACGUCCUGCCCCUGCUCCUCCUCAUCCUCCUCGCCAUGGCGUCGAGCUCCAGCUGCGAGGCCUCGAGAGGCAUGCAGCCCUUCAGGGGCCGGCCGCUGGAGCGAGGGGCGGCCAACCAUUUCUUCGGGUUCCUGCCGAGGGGCUCGGUGACGCCGUCGGGGCCGUCGCGGAAGCACAACGCCGUCGGCCUCGACAGCCAGCUGGAGAAGCCGUGAAGCAAAGGAGACGGUGCGCUGGCCGCCGAUAGAGAUAUAGUAGAAAUAGCUCAUAGAUACGUGUAUGAUGAUGACAUAUGGGUUGGUUAAUCGUAGACGAUUAAUGUUUACGUAGUAUGUAAUGUAUGGGGGUAGGUUGGCGUGUAACAACUAUUCUUGGAGAGGUUCCUUCGUUUCUUA